CAGUGACCAAAUUUAGCACAGCCACGCCUUGCUCUCUUCUUUUCAUCUCAUGGCAACUCCUGUAAUUGUCGGUGUUGGAGCUAUCACAGCUGCUCUCGUUGGUCGACAUCUUGUACGCAAUGGUAUUAUUGGAAAGCGGGCAGCAGACCAGUGGGUCAAGGGUGGUUUUAAAGCGAAAAUGGACCGCAAGGAGGCUAUUGCAAUCCUUGGGCUAAAGGACGGCGUAACACUGCGAAACAAGUUGAAAGAUGCCCACCGUCACAUUAUGCUCGCAAACCACCCUGACCGUGGGGGCUCUCCAUACUUGGCAAGUAAAAUCAACGAAGCCAAAGACAUGUUAGACAAGACAGAUGGAAAGUCGAGAUAACUUUUAAUUCUCUUACGUUGGUUACUCACUAUACCGAAUUUCUUCACAUAUUUAUCAAGUAUCGAGACAACCACCUCGUCCUGUUGACCG